AUGGGAAAAAAGUACUGUCCGGCCGGUCAUUCUUCUAAAAGUUUUGAAAAUGGAAUAAAAUGGAAAUGGAAUUUUAUCAAGCGGGAUUGGAAUUAUCAUCCAAUAGGCAACAUAGUUGCUUUGAAAGAAAUAAAAGAUUCUAGAUUUGAUAUAGCUGAAUUUUUUAAAAUGUUAUUUGAAGAAGACUUACAUAAUUUUUUAACAAAAACUUUUUUGGAUUUAGCAUGGAAACAAAAAUUAGACAUAUUGUUUUCAAUAGCAUGGGGUCUUAGAAUCUUACAUGAUGAAAAUUUAGUUCAUUUUAAACUUGAAGAUAAUAUUGUGGAUGAUGAUGUUAUGCGACAACUUAAAAUUGUUGAUGAAAAUCAAAAAAAUACAUCAAAAUCUCAAAAGCAAAAAUUAUUUGAAUUACUUUCAUAUUCAAAUAAAUUACACCCACAAUCAUGUUAUAUUGGCCGAUAUAUUCAUACUCUUCAUGGAUUGCAUGAUUUAUUGGAAGAAAUAAAAUCUGGAAAAUCUUCAG